AUUUUGUGUUAAUUUUGUAUAUUAGGUGUUAGCAUGACAUACCACGCUAAAUAUCCUGUAAACUGAAGUUUUAAUUUGUAAAGUUGACAUUUUUUAUUCCUGGGAUGCAUAGAAUCAAGACUUUAUCGGAUGCCAAGAUUUAUAUCAUCGGUGAUGAGGAUACUGUCGUUGGAUUCUUGUUGGCCGGUGUUGGAGACAAAGAUGGCCUAGGAAGAACCAAUUAUACUAUUGUAACAUCAAAGUUUUCAAAGGCUCAAAUAGAGGAGACAUUUAAAUCGUAUGUAGAACGCGAGGAUUGCGGGAUAAUUAUAAUAAAUCAACACAUUGCUGAGAAAAUUAGACCGCUUUUGGAUCUUCACGCUAAACAUAUUCCAACUGUUCUAGAAAUACCAAGCAAGGAACAACCUUACGAUGCUAGCAAAGACUCGGUAAUGCAAAAAAUUAAGGUGUUUUUCGGCGAAAACAACUCCUGACACGAUACGGAGCACUAAUCAAUUUCUGAAUAAGCACUAGGCAUUCAUUGCACAAAUUAAACUGCAUUACGAUUAG